UGCAGGGAAAACUGACUCGUUGGUGGGACGUGAGGGCUUGCGGAGCGCCAAAGGCGAGCCCGGCGGGCCAGUGCUGGGCGCCCACGGUGGUUGGAACUCCUCUUCCAACGCCUCUCUGGGAAAUUGUUUGGCGUUUCAUCCAGGUUAUCAAUCCAGCGAGUAAUGCGGGGUGAAUGCACGCUGAUGGGUUUGGAAAAAAAAUGAAAAAUGAGCAAGCGAGACCCCCCUUUCGUUUCAUCGUAACCAAGCUGGAAGCAAAUAAAUCGGCUAGGUCCCACUGCAGUCUUCUGCACUCGAGUGCCAAGAGAGCCUGUUCCUAUCAAUUACUGAAGCCAUAAGGAAAAUUUUUUUUAAAAAUUAAAACUUUACCAUAAUGAGGCUUUCUUCUUAGGAUGCAUUGACUCCUUGGAUCCUUAUAAGUCGUGGAUGUUCCUCUUAAGAAUAAGGCCAUUCCUUCUCCUGCCCUGAUAUAUGCCCAUAAGUUUGGUCAUCUCCAAACACCACCAUCAUCAUUAUCAUACAAUGAAUUGUCAAUUCCUGGAGAAAGAUGCAAGACGAGAAGGAACUUUCAUCUAGCAUAAUUCAGACCUGUGCACUUUGAGGGUAGAGAAGGCCUCACUGCCUCAGUAACAAAUAGCUGGAUUGAAGGACACAGUGCUUUAAGAAGCCUUUAUACAUAAUAUUUAUGUUAUUUCCUCUUAAAUCAAUGAUGAGAAAGCAAAUCUAAUUAAUUGGUAGUAGCUGCCUGAAGAAGUAUUGAGAAGCAAUUUGAUGCUUUGUACAGGAUGCUUAGGAGGGAAAAACAAAACGCCAGGACUGACAGGCAGCCUUUGCUACUGAUAACAGGAACAGGCUGCAGAGAAAGUCCAGGAGAGAAUAUCCUUGAAAACUCUCCAAAAAGAUUACUGCAAGGGAACAUUUCUUUUCAAAUCUGGACUUUUGAAAAGUGAGAGUUGCUGAAUGACAAUGACCAUUCCCUUGUCCUUAUGAAUAAGUUCUUCCUUUGCUUGCACAGGCCUCAGCGCAUUAUCACAUCAUGGGGUGUGUUCCCCUGUAAGCCUUGCAAUUCUCCAGUCCCCACUUCUGUGAACUUUAAAGAGAGAUGUUAAAGGCAUGGUCUAUAUGGCCUCUCUAUGUCCUUGCUGACCUGUACAGAGAAAAACUGUUGCUACAGUUAGAAAACACGCCUCACAAUGUGAAACAACAUCAGGGGAAUGUGACUGUCACUUUAACUCCACCACUGCCAAGUUUCCUCGAUGAAAAACAGAAGACUGAUCGGACAUCAUUUGGAUAGCCAAGUGUUGCCACAUCUGCAAACUCCCUGGAAGAGUGAUGGGGAUUCGAGUACUUCGUUUCUCUUUGGUGGUAAUCCUUGUGUUACUGCUGGUAGCUGGGGCUUUGACCGCUUUACUUCCUAAUAUCAAAGAAGAUAAGAUGCUCACUUUGCGUAGGGAAAUAAAAUCCCAGGGCAAGUCCACCCAGGAUUCCUUUACUCUCAUAAUGCAGACGUACAACAGAACAGAUCUCUUGUUGAGACUUUUAAAUCAUUAUCAGGCAGUACCAUAUCUGCACAAAGUGAUUGUGGUGUGGAACAAUGUUGGGGAGAAGGGACCAGAUGAGUUAUGGAACUCUCUAGGGCCUCACCCUGUCCCUGUGAUCUUCAAAGUACAGACAACAAACAGGAUGAGAAAUCGACUCCAGGUCUUUCCUGAACUAGAAACCAAUGCGGUGUUAAUGGUAGAUGAUGACAUGCUAAUUAGCACCCAAGACCUUGUUUUUGCUUUCUCCGUGUGGCAGCAAUUUCCUGAUCAAAUUGUAGGAUUUGUUCCAAGAAAGCAUGUGUCUACUUCCUCUGGUGUCUACAGUUACGGAGGUUUUGAACUGCAAACACCAGGGUUUGGAAAUGGUGACCAUUACUCUCUGGUGCUGAUUGGAGCCUCAUUCUUCCAUAGCAAAUACCUUGAACUCUUUCAGAGGCAACCUGCAGCUGUCCAUGCUUUGUUAGAUGAAACGCAAAACUGUGAUGAUAUUGCCAUGAAUUUUAUCAUUGCCAAGCACACUGGGAAGACUUCGGGGGUAUUUGUGAAACCUGUAAACAUAGACAAUUUAGAAAAAGAAACCAAUGGUGGCUAUUCUGGAAUGUGGCAUCGAGCUGAGCACUUUCUGCAGAGGUCUUAUUGUAUAAAUAAGCUUGUUAACAUCUAUGACAGCAUGCCCUUAAAAUACUCCAACAUUAUGAUUUCUCAGUUUGGUUUUCCAUAUGCCAACCACAAAAGUAAAAUGUGAAAGUAAAACAAACAAAAACAAACCUCAAAACUGCUUGGUAUUUGAGUAGCUUCUUCAUGCUAUGGUCAGUUUAUUUAUUUAUUUAUUUUUAAGCACAUCAUGAACUUUUUUCUACUCCAGAAGCCUCUACAAGGGGGAAAAAGUGCUUAGGGCUUCUAGCAUAUAAAAUUUACAGGCACUUCAAAACCCAAGAAGCUGGUAUUACCCAGAUAGGUCUUCCUGUGAGAAGUUUUCAUCCACAGAUAUGAUUCCUUGGUCAACAAUUUUAUUGUUUACAUCCUGAGACCGUUCUACAAUUAAAAAAAAUUUUUUUAAUUGAAGUAUAGUUGACUUACAGUGUUGUGAUAAUGUUCUACAAUUUUUUUGACUCCUGGCACUUGCCUUAAGGACCUUUAGCAAGCUGUUUCCAGGAUCAAAAACUCAGGACAAGUAUUUCUCAGCUUUUUCAUUAAAGGAUGAUUAUUUUCAUUUGAAGCCUGAAAUGCCUCUUCAACAAAAGCUUGUGGUAUAGGGAAAAACCAUGUGAGGAGAGAAUAGUCUCAAUCCCAUACAAAAAUGAGUGGAAAUUUUGUGACUAUCAGUACUUCCCUUGUGGUCCUUCCAACCAGCCCUUUCCAGGACUAACUUAUCCCAGCAUGAUUUUGGUGUAACCAUCAGUGCUUUUAUUUCUGUGGAUAUCUGUUGUGACUGGGAGGGUUAAUUUUAGUAGCUAAAGGAUGUCUAGUUGUUCACUUGAUUUUUGUGAACAUUUACUGCAUGGAUCACAAGUGCAGCCUCUGUUUCUUACAUGCAACUUAUAUGCAGUGAGGAGUAAAUGUGUUACUAGAUUCAGGUCGUGCAUUUUGUCACUGAAUCUGACUUUGAGAUUGCACAUUAAUUCUUAGAUUUUACACAAAGUAUGUAUUGUUUAAGAAACAUGUAUAAAAUAACUCUUUUGAAAGAAUGUUUAAGUAGGAACUGGCAGAAAUUACAACCCUUACUAUCAAAUGAUCUUUAUUGUUAUAAAAGCGUAGGUUUAUCUCCUGGAUACUAAAACGUGUGUAUUACACACUAAGUCAAGCUCUUGCAUUCAGAACUUCUUCCCUCCACACAGCAAAAGAUCCAGAGAUCAUUUCAAUUACAUAGAUACAGGAAAAAAUAAGAGACCUGAGUCAUAGUAGAGGAAUUCCACAGGGAGUCUGCACCAGCUGAUUGUUAAGUUGCCCACUUCCUGUUAUGUGAAUUAGUAUCUUUUCCACACGGUGUCUGUGUUUGGUCCUCGUUCACUAUUGGUGGAAAGGAAUACUCAGGCCUCUUUCUGCCACCUUCUCCUCUUCCUAUGCCCCCUCCUGCUCCCAUUAUGCCGUUAUAUUCUCAAAAUUGCAAAGCUAUGAAAAUAAUCAUGGUUAAUGUUCCAACAAUGAGGUCUCUGUGCAAUUAGCUCAGUGUAUAUUGUUCCUUUACGUGGGCAUGUGUAUGUAUCUUAAUGCCAUCAGAGAAAGCCAAUAGAACUCGCAGCCUCACUAAAAAUUUAUAGUGUUAAUUAUCUGCUUUGUCCAACCUUGGUAGUGACAUUUUGCCUCUUGAGAUUGGCAGAUAAAUAAAAUAAACUUUUACCAUCCAGAUGUUCUAUGUUAAUUAAGCAGACUCAUGCUUUCGUGGUCGGUAUUUACACAGAUUUUCAAAUAUUCUCAUAUUUUGUUCC